AUGGGGGCAUAUAGGGCUGAUGAAGAUUAUGAUUACCUAUUCAAGGUGGUGCUAAUAGGGGACUCAGGUGUCGGAAAAUCGAACCUCUUGUCUCGUUUCACCCGCAAUGAAUUUAGUCAAGAAUCCAAGUCCACCAUUGGCGUUGAGUUUGCCACCCGCAGCAUUCAGGUUGAUGACAAAAUCGUUAAGGCUCAGAUUUGGGACACUGCCGGCCAAGAAAGGUAUCGUGCCAUCACAAGUGCAUACUAUCGAGGAGCUGUUGGUGCUCUAAUUGUCUAUGAUGUUACCCGUCAUGUGACAUUCGAAAAUGUGGAGAGAUGGCUUAAGGAGCUUCGGGAUCAUACAGACGUGAACAUUGUGAUCAUGCUCGUUGGAAACAAGGCAGACCUGCGUCACCUGCGAGCUGUUCCUACUGGAGAUGCGACAGCUUUUGCAGAGAGGGAGAAGACCUUCUUCAUGGAAACUUCAGCUCUUGAGGCCCUUAAUGUUGAAAAUGCCUUCACGGAAGUGCUGACACAAAUCUACCAUGUUGUUAGCAGAAAGGCUCUUGACAUUGGAGAUGAUCCUGCAGCUUUGCCUAGAGGACAAACUAUAAACAUUGGAACCAAAGAUGAUGUAUCAGCUGUCAAGAAAGCUGGUUGUUGUUCUGGUUAAAGAGUGAAGAAAAUGCUCUCAUGUUGUGGAGAAUUUUACUGCAGAACUACUGCUAUAUCCAUACGCGAAUAGGAGGUUUGUACCAUCCCAAAAAAUGCUGCAACCAUCACCGCUAGUUUUAGUUUUUUUUUUUUUUUUCAGCUAUGCAAUACCAUGUUAGCCAGGAGAGAGCUAGUUUCUUUUUACUUGACAGAAAAGGAGAGGGCAAUGAGAAGAUGUAAGAAUCGAGAUUCUGACACAGAUUCAUA